AUGCAAACCUUCGGAGCCUUCAUUGCCUCUCUCGCUGUGGCUGGCAACUUUGCCGCUGCUCUACCUGCAGCAGGCCAAAGCCAAACGUUUACAGUAAACGCCGUCCACAACAAGCACUUCAAGCCCAACGGCCCUCUUGCUCUCGCCAAGGCGUACAACAAGUACAACGUUCCUUUGCCCAACGAUCUUGCUUCCGUCAUUACACGCAUCGAGAAGAGUCUCGGACUGGAGAAGCGCCAGGGUAACGGCAACGGUACAGGCUCCGAUCCUGCCAAGCCUCCUCCCGGUGAAGGAGACCUGGAGUACCUCGCUGAAGUCGAUAUCGGCACACCUCCCCAGAAGUUGUUCCUCGACUUUGAUACGGGCUCAAGUGAUCUCUGGGUCUUCAGCAGCGAGACGCCAAAGACCCAAGUUAACGGUCAGAAGAUUUACGACAUCAAGUCCAGCUCUUCUGCUAAGCAGGUCGACGGCGCUACCUGGAACAUCAAGUACGGCGAUGGUAGCAGCUGCAACGGUGAUGUCUACCUCGACCAGGUUACCAUCGGUGGAUUGACCGUUAAGCAGCAAGCUGUUGAGUCUGCCAAGACUGUAUCCGACCAGUUCACCAAGGGAUCUCCUCAAAUGUCUGGCCUCUUGGGUCUAGCAUUCGAUCAGAUCAACACUGUUAAGCCUGAGCAACAAAAGACGUGGUUCUCCAACAUCAAGGGCAGCCUUAAGGCUCCUCUCUUCACUGCUAACCUGAAGCACGCCGCCGAUGGUACCUACAACUUCGGUUACAUCGACGACUCCGAGCACAGUGGCGAUAUUGCAUACACCGACGUCGACAGCAGCCAAGGAUUCUGGGGCUUCACUGCCUCCGGUUAUGCCGUCGGCGAUGGAGACCUGCAGUCCUCUGAGAUUCAGGGCAUUGCCGACACGGGCACCACCCUUCUUCUCAUCGACGACAAGAUCGUCGACGAUUACUACUCCAAGGUUCAGGGCGCCAAGCAGGACCAGCAGCAGGGCGGUUACGUUUUCGACUGCAGCUCCAAGCUCCCUGACUUUAGCUUUGGCGUUGGCAAGACCAAGAUCACCAUCCCAGGCACUAUCGUCAACUAUGCGCCUAUCGAGGAAGGCAGCUCGACUUGCUUUGGUGGCAUCCAGGCCAGUGGCCAGAUUGGUCUCAACAUCUUUGGCGAUAUUGCACUGAAGGCCGCUCUUGUUGUCUUUGAUGCUGGUGGCAACCGUCUUGGCUGGGGUCCCAAGAAGGCUUAA